GAGGGAAGAAUGGAGUUCCCAGACCAUAGCCGCCAGUUGCUGCAGUGUUUGAGUCAGCAGCGUCACCAAGGUUUCCUGUGUGACUGCACCGUUCUGGUCGGGGAGGCUCGCUUCAAAGCUCACAGAGCCGUGUUGGCUUCCUGCAGUAUGUACUUCCAUCUCUUCUACAGGGACCAGCUAGACAAAAGGGACGUUGUGCAUCUCAACAGUGACAUUGUGACAGCGCCGGCCUUCAGUCUGCUCCUUGAAUUUAUGUAUGAGGGCAAGUUGGAAUUCAGCACUCUUCCAGUGGAGGAUGUGCUGGCCGCAGCCAGCUACCUCCACAUGUACGACAUUGUCAAAGUGUGUAAAGGGAAGUUGAAAGAUAAGGAGCUCUCUUCGCUCGAUGAAAAGAUGGGAGAGGUUUUCGGACUCAGCUGUCUGGAGCGGGACAACUCCUCGGACGGUGAGCUACACACUGACAAGCAGCUCAGGAGGCAACAAUCCCGGGGUGUCCCAGGGGCCCCCUCCCCGACAGAACGGUUUGACACGGACAACGGCGAAGCGAGGCUCUCUGUCAGCGACUGUGAAAGGUCUGCGAGGAACAGGCAGAAGGCAAACGGUCACUCCGGCAGGUCCCCGGACCUUGUAGGUGUCAAUUAUGUGUCAUCGGAGGCCGAGCCUUGUGUCCAAACAGCUGGAAAAACAAAAGCUGAUGUCAGUAGUUCCACCGUAUCACUGUCCCAGAGGUCCCGGGCUUCGGAUGACAUGGACUGCGCUCUGGAUUUGUCUUUCAAGCCUCUGUCUAGCAGAGAUCCCUUACAGGCCUCCUACAUCUCGGGACAGCUGGCCCUCGACAGCCAGCAGCAGGGCACUGAGCCACUUGUUAAAGAUGAACACGACUUGCUGUCAGAGCAGGAGGACAGUGAGCCCGUGAGCCCUGAGAGCCAGCGCUUUGGGAAUAGCGCCAGGAGCUCAGUGGUGACAGGGUUCGCUGCCCUCUUCCCAGGCAACAACGGCUCCGCCGCCGCCCUCCUCUCCCAGGAGGAAGACCUGAUGGACGAGGAGGGGGAGGCCUGCGGGGGGAGGGAAGUCGCCCCUGGCAGGGAGGCAGAGGAGCAGAGAAGGGGGAGACUGCUGGGGGACAGCGAGGAGGAGGAGGAAGACGAUUUGGCCUCUUCGGACAUCUCCACCUCCAGCGGGGUGCUCCUGCCCGCGGGGCAACAGGCGUGCGUGUGCCCCCUGUGCAGCAAAAUCUUCCCCAGCCCGCACGUCCUGCAGCUGCAUCUCAGCUCGCACUUCCGCGAAAAGGACGGCGCCCGCUCCAAGUUGUCUCCCGACGGCUCGGUGCCCACCUGCAUGCAAUGCAACAAAACCUUCUCCUGUAUGUACACCCUCAAGCGACACGAGCGCACACACUCCGGAGAGAAGCCGUACACGUGCGGCCAGUGCGGAAAGAGCUUCCAGUACUCGCACAACUUGAGUCGGCAUGCUGUGGUGCACACGCGGGAGAAGCCCCACGCGUGCAAGUGGUGCGAGCGCCGCUUCACUCAAUCGGGGGAUCUGUAUCGCCACAUCAGGAAGUUUCACUGUGGCCUUGUUAAAACUCUCGCCAUUGGAUGA